AUAGCUUCUACGAUAUCAUUUUCAUAAAUUUUAAACAAUCUACAGCGAUCUUCUCACUUUAUACGAUCCCGUUUUCAUGAUUUUUAAACGAUCUACGGCGAUCUUCUCGCUUUAUACAAUCCCGUUUUCAUGAUUUUUAAACAAUCUAAGGCGAUCUAUUAGCUUCUACGAUAUCAUUUUCAUAAAUUUUAAACAAUCUACAGCGAUCUUCUCACUUUAUACGAUCCCGUUUUCAUGAUUUUUAAACGAUCUACGGUGAUCUUCUCGCUUUAUACAAUCCCGUUUUCAUGAUUUUUAAACAAUCUAGAGCGAUCUAUUAGCUUCUACGAUAUCAUUUUCAUAAAUUUUAAACAAUCUACAGCGAUCUUCUCACUUUAUACGAUCCCGUUUUCAUGAUUUUUAAACGAUCUACGGCGAUAUUUUUGCUUUCUACAAUGCCAUGGAGACGAUCCCUAAAGACCUUAGAUAAUAAGUCCAAUUAAAAUUAGCGAAGUUUAUAAUUGUUAAAAAAAUUUUAAUAUAAAGGCUUGAGAUAAUAAUCCAAUUAUAGCUAAUAAACGAACUUCGUUUAAGCAAUAUGAACUUCUUUAAAAUGAUACGAACUACAUACAAACUUUAUUUUAAAUGAUAGGAACUUUAUACGAACUUGUAAUUUUGAUGUUACGAAAAAGUUUGUAUUAAAAAUAAAAUGAUACAAAAGAUUUAAAAAAUCGAUACGAAGUUUUUGAUACGAAUUAUACGAACUACGUACAAACAUUUUGAGACGAUCCCUUACCUUUACUUAUUUCCUCAUAGACAGACCUUUACAAUAUAAUCUUAUACUCUACAAAACCACAAUAACGCUUUUUCCUCUCACAAUAAAUCUGUUAUUAAUUGAUGGGUGCUUGUUGGCUGGUAUUAUUUUUUUACAAAUUAUCAUGCACCCUCCAUUAAUCUUUUACCCCUCUCCUAAUUAAGGGUUCUAUUCAUUAUUUCUUGUAAUUUCCACCUCUCCUGACUCAGUCCAUACAAUAUAAUGAGGUCACUAGGUCUUAGAUUUUUGUUAAUAGUUAUCCCAAGGGUUUCAAAUGAGGAUGAGGUGCAACCAUUUUCAAGACACAAAGUACAGAUGUAUUAAUAUAAAAGAUGCUUUUAGUAUAAUUAAUAAGAAAUAAAUUAUUUGCUGACUUUGAUUCGUAAUUUCAAUAAUUUAAGAGAGCUAUCACAGACAUUAAGAAAACAAAGAGUUGCUUGGGCGAUUGCGCAUGUGUGGGGGCCUGCGCAUGUGUAAUUGCACGCCUGUCACAAAACGAUCUGUCUCAGCUGUGAACUUUGCUGGAACUUGUAUUACUCUUGUUCUACAUGCCAAAACAGCAACCCCUGUGUGCGGUGUACAGGGACAAAGGGAUUUUGUUACUUUACAUUUCAACUUUUUUUUUUUUAUAAGUAACUCCAACUUCAAUAGUUAUUUUCGGGCCCAACCAACCCUAGUUUUCACGGAAACAAAAAAAUAUUGAUAUCAAGCAAAAAACUUAAAAAAAAUCAAUGGUGUUAUUUUUUGUUGGUUGAAUGUCAAUCUACAAUUAUACUAAACAAGGUGAAUCAAUAAUGUUACUUUAGGACCACCAUUGGUAAGGCCACUUGCAGUUGAUUCUUUGUUCAUGGUAAUUUGUACCAAUGAAACUGAAAUGCGCGAUGCGAUAAUUUUGUAAUUACAAAAAUAGUUAUGUGGUUAAACAGAAGUUUAAAUUUGUAUGUGAUUUAUAACAAAAAUUAGCUACUUCCACUAAAAUAUUUACAAUACAAGUAAAAAACAAGACACAUAAUGGUCGUAACACCCUCCUUCUUUAUGAUAUUAUAUAUUUAAAAUUACUCUAGCUAAAAUGUAAUACUGCAAGACUUUUAGAAAACAUUUAGGAAAUAUAAUAAAAACAAGGUAGAAUAAGCUUGUUGUAACACCCUCCUACAUAAUGAAUUUUAAAUAAAUAUUUUUAAUGCCGAGAAAGACUUUAAAUAUUUUCAUAGUCCGUAAAAAGACUUUGCACUUAAAUUUAGAUUUUCUUAUAAGACUGCUCAAUAACCAAAAGAACACUAAACCUUUGUCAAAUUGUUAUAUUUUAGAAUCGCGUGUGCCCCAUUUCUUGUGUGUGUGCUUUUUUUUCCUAUCGAUAGUAAGUGAGCAGGUUCUUUUAAAAAUUUUAUAGCAUUUUUACAUUUUUUGUGUGAUGUAAACCUAUAAAUUAAAAAUUGCUGGAAAGUCUUAAGUGAUAUCAUUGUUGUGUUCUUAUGUGUAAAGUAAUAUUUGGUUUUAAAUUUUUUUCCUAUGUUAUCUUGUUACUAUCUUGAAGUUAGCUAUUAUUCGCAAUAGAUAAGGUAGCUUUGACAAUUGCCAUUGUGAACAUGAUUACAAUAACAUUUUUUUGGCGCCAUGGUUCAUUCCUAAUUCAGAGAGCCAGCUUGCAUUUUCAGAAAAGUUCCAUGUGGUUUUUUAUUUGAAAUCAGUGAUUAUCAUCUCACCAUGCACAACCAUAUUUAUCAUUCCAAAUUAUAAAUUUUGCUGCAGCGUUGCUAAUAUGAUAUUGGUGUAAAACUAGAGAAUAGGGUCCAUGGAAAAUAAAGGGGUGGGGAUCGGUGGAGUGUGUAUUUUUUAACCCUCAUUUUAUAGGAAAAUGUCAGGUUGGAGUGGCUUUACUGACAAGGAGCUGGAAAGGCUAAAAGGUGAAAAUGAAAUGUCUGUUCAAACUGAAACUCCUAAAACAUCAAAUAUUGGAAAAACACAAAGAAAAAAAGUUCGUGAAAAAAAAAUACAGAAUGCUCCCAAACCAGCCAAAGAAAAUGUUGAAGUGGAAAAAAAGGAGGACCCUGGUAAUGAAAUUCGAGCCAGCAAAAGUGUUGGUGAAGUUAAUGUUAAAGAGUGUGAUGGUACCACGAAGAAAGAGUUAGAUGUCAUUGUACUUUCAGAUGAGAAAGUUGCUGAGCUAGAAAUGUCGAGCUUGGAACAGUUACAGAUGAAACAAAAACUAAUUGAAAACCAAAACAAGAAAAAGCAGGAACUUAUAAAGCAAGCACUUCUUCAAAAAUUUAAACAGACACAGAAUGAAUCAGUGAAACUUAAGGAUAUUCAAAAACAAUUAAAUCAUCUAGACCAAUCACUGCAGACUGAUGUUGAAGUACUACGUAAUAAAAUUGAUGAGUCAUGCCUGUUGUUUUCACAAGCUCAAAAACGAUACGAAAAAGCUGAAAGUGAAUACGUAGCUGCGAAGCUUGAUUUUUUUAAUAAAAAAGAACAAAAGGAGUCAUUAACUGAACAUCUAUACUCCAUUAUCCAAGCAAAUGAAAUACGAAAAGCAAAAAAAUUGGAGGAGUUAAUGAUGAAGUUAAGUGAUCCCUCGAGUCCUGUCUUAGAGAAAAUGCCGGACACAGUCAACUCAACUUGUGUAAACUAUUCAGCUUCUGUUAAAGUUGAGAAUUCCAGAAAUAAUGUGGCUGAUUCUGCAUCGUCUGGAGAUUUACACUAAGUUUAAAUUUAGUUAUGUCGAUUGGUAAUUAAUUUGGAAACAUUGCACUAUUAAUUUUUGAAUUUGUUUUAUUAUAUAUAUACAAUUCCUUAAAAAUGCACUUAUAUGUAAUAUAUUUAUAUUACAUAUUAUAUAUUGUUUAUAUUAUGUAUCAUACUUAUCCCAUUUGUGUUUAGAAUUUGUAACUUUACUUAUAAUGAAUUAAACUAGAAAAAUUAAAAAGUUUGGGUAAUUUGAGUAAAAAAAAAAGAAAGAAACGAAAAAAGAAAUUAUCUGUUAACAAGAGAUAAACAUGAUUUUAAUUUUUAUUUUAUGCAUAUAUAUUUAUUUUCACAAGCCAAAAAAUGGUAUUUUUCAAGUAUUAUAUAUUUUUGUAAAAAGUUUUUAUGGGUUUCCAUAAUGAAGAAAAUCACAAAACUGGAAUGCAAAGUAGUUAAAAAAAGAGCAACUAAACCGUUUUGUAGGUUUUUGUUUUUGCAGUAAAUUUGGCAAUACAAUUGUUUACAUCUUUUAUAAUGUUUAUAAUUUUCAUUAAAAUAACUUGCAAUUAUGCUUCAUGAGCACUAAAAGUUACUGGUCCAAAUUUGGGAAGUAGGAAAUAUUUAAAUUAUGCUUAUGUAAGAUAUUAUAGACAAAAAUUUAUAUAUAUUUUCCAUUUGCUGCUAUAUUCCAGGUGAAUGGAACUGGUAACUUUUAAGGAAAAGUAAAUAAAAUUCAUAAUCAUAUAAGUUGAAAAACUACUUGUACUACUGAACAUUCUUUAAAUGUUGAAACAAGCCUAAGUUUGACAUAAUCCAUUUUGUCAGCAUUUUUGUGGCGAAUUUUAUGAGCAAUGGAUACAAUCAUUUAAAAGAGGACGGAAAGUAGUUUUUUAAGCACAGUUUGCCAUGGAAGAGAAUUGCCGAAUUUCACCUAAAAAUUGCUGACUUAGAAUUAUUGAAAAUUUGAAUAGUUCAUAAUUUUAAUGAUUUUUACCUAAAUCAAAAUAUUGAAUAUUUAAAUUAUAUUUGUCAUGAAGUUGUAGUUUUGUAAUUUUGAUAUCAAUAUCGGUGUAAUUGCACGUAAAUUGUGUUUUUGCAUA